ACAAUGGCUGCACCCUGUUCUGGCAACAUGUACGUUCGGUUGACGAAUGUGCUUUCAAAAAUAAUUCUUUAUUGACUAGCCACGCAUGUUUUCUAGCCUUAGUUGUUUUAAGUUAGAGUAAGUUAGAGUUGCAUUUAUUCAGCCUCAAAGACGCGCUUGGAGCUUUUUAGCGCUUUUCUUUCAGUCAGGACUGCUAGCUUACCAGCUUUUAGGCUUUCGCCACCCCUAGGAUUUCCCCUUGCAGGAGGGGAAAUGGAUGACGAUGACUCUAUGCAUAGACUGGAGGGGAGUGAUGCUCAAGACCAAGUUGGAGGACUGAUAGUGAAGAAAAAAAGUGCCGCUGCAGAACAUCAUAUAUUUCGGGCCCCUACCCCUCGAACGUCUCUGCUGGGCUUGGAUCUACUGGCGGCCCAGAAAAGAAAAGAAAGGGAGAGUAAAGAGCAGAAUGAUGGCGAGGACGGAGCCAGAAAAAAAUCCAGGGUUUCAUCUUACAAAGACUGGGAGGAAAAUAAAAGUGACUCUGGUUCCGAUGAUGAAGAUGUAGAGGAUAGUGGACAAGAUAAAAAGGAGAAUAGAAAAUACCGUACAAGUGGCUCAGAGACGCCUUCCAGUCCCGGAGGAGUGAGUGAAGAGUUUCGCCGCCGAUACGAGCAGAGGGAAAAAGACAGACGUGAGCAGGGUGUCUACGUUUCCUCCAAAGAUGACCGCAACAGAGACAAAGACAAGCGAAGGGACCGACGAAGUGAAAGAGAUACCCGAGAGGGCAGCCGCUUGGAGCGUUCACACCGCAGUGAGAGAAGCGAGCGCUCGCAGAGAGACGGUUGGUUGGAUCGCAUCAGUCGGGGUAGCAAGCGGGAUGAACCACAAACACCACAACAACGCCCCAGAGAUGGUUCUACGCCUUCCCGCUCUAACUGGGAAGAAGACGACAGUGGUUAUGCCAGUUCCCGGCAUUCCCAUUGGGAGUCUCCUUCCCCCGCUCCUUCUCAAAGAGAAUCGGAUCGCUCAGAACGGAGUCGGCACACGGGCCGAGAAAGCCAGAGAAGAGACAGAUCAGUGAAAGGAAACUAUGCUGCCGACACACCCCUGCCCACUCCGUCGUACAAGUACAACGAGUGGGCCAAUGACAGAAAGCAUUUAGGAUCCACACCUCGUUUGUCUCAAGGAAAAGGUAAAAAAGAAGGCGGGACUGGAAUUACGUUUGACAAUGAGGAUGAGAAAGAGCAGUGGGAAGAAGAUCAGAAGCAAGCCGACAGAGACUGGUACAUGAUGGACGAAGGCUAUGAUGAGUUCCACAACCCCUUCACUUCCACGUCGGAAGACUAUGUUAAGAAGAGAGAGCAGAUUCUUCAGAAGCAAACUCAGAAACGAAUAUCCGCUCAAAAACGUCAAAUCAACGAGGACAAUGAGCGUUGGGAGACCAACCGUAUGUUGACUAGUGGCGUGGUGCAGAGGUUGGAGGUGGAUGAAGACUUUGAGGAGGACAAUGCGACAAAGGUUCACCUGCUGGUUCACAAUUUGGUUCCUCCCUUCCUUGAUGGGAGAAUAGUAUUUACUAAGCAGCCAGAGCCCAUUAUCCCAGUGAAAGAUGCCACCUCUGACAUGGCCAUCAUCUCCCGCAAGGGCAGUCAGCUUGUUCGUAAGCAUCGUGAACAGAAAGAACGAAAAAAAGCACAGCACAAACAUUGGGAACUGGCAGGCACAAAGCUGGGGGACAUAAUGGGCAUCCAAAAGAAAGAAGACGAUGCUUUUGAAAGCCAAGAGGUUGGCGAGGAUGGCAAAGUAGACUACAAAGCAGAGCAGAAGUUUGCAGAUCACAUGAAAGAGAAGAGCGAGGCCAGCAGUGAGUUUGCCAAAAAGAAAAGCAUUCUGGAGCAAAGACAGUACCUACCAAUUUUUGCUGUGAGGCAGCAGCUUCUUAACAUCAUCAGGGACAACAGCAUCGUGAUUGUAGUUGGGGAAACGGGCAGUGGAAAAACCACGCAGCUGACCCAAUACCUCCACGAGGACGGCUACACCAGCUAUGGCAUGGUGGGGUGUACACAACCACGCAGAGUGGCCGCCAUGAGUGUUGCCAAGAGAGUCAGUGAGGAAAUAGGCACCAACCUAGGGGAAGAGGUUGGCUACGCAAUUCGUUUUGAGGACUGCACGUGUGAGAAAACCAUGAUCAAGUACAUGACGGACGGCAUCCUGCUCAGGGAGUCACUGAGGGAGUCCGACCUGGACCAUUACAGCGCUGUCAUCAUGGACGAAGCUCACGAGCGUUCCCUGAACACCGACGUGCUGUUCGGUCUGCUCCGUGAGGUUGUAUCUCGGCGCACGGACUUGAAACUCAUUGUUACUUCGGCGACAAUGGACUCGGACAAAUUUGCCUCAUUUUUUGGCAACGUACCCAUAUUUCACAUUCCGGGAAGAACAUUCCCAGUGGACAUAAUGUUUAGCAAGACUCCUCAGGAGGACUAUGUGGAGGCAGCAGUGAAACAGGCCCUGCAGAUCCACCUCAGUGGGUUGUUCGGGGACAUUCUCAUCUUCAUGCCUGGUCAGGAGGAUAUUGAGGUGACAUCUGAUCAGAUAGUGGAGCGACUGGAGGAAUUGGAUAAUGCUCCUGCUUUGGCUGUACUGCCAAUUUAUUCCCAGCUACCCUCUGACCUGCAGGCCAAAAUCUUCCAGAAGGCCCCAGACGGUGUUCGAAAAUGUAUCGUUGCGACAAACAUAGCAGAGACUUCCCUCACCGUGGAUGGUAUCAUGUUUGUUGUGGAUGCUGGAUAUUGCAAACUCAAGGUGUUCAAUCCUCGUAUUGGAAUGGAUGCUCUGCAAGUGUAUCCUAUAAGCCAAGCGAAUGCAAACCAGCGUGCUGGUAGAGCAGGUCGUACAGGACCAGGGCAGUGUUACAGGCUUUACACUCAGAGUGCCUAUAAGAAUGAGAUGCUGACCACCACCAUACCAGAGAUUCAGAGGACCAAUCUGGCUAAUGUGGUCCUGCUAUUAAAGUCGCUGGGUGUUCAGGAUUUGCUGCUUUUCCACUUCAUGGACCCGCCGCCUGAAGACAACAUGCUCAACUCCAUGUACCAGCUUUGGAUCCUGGGAGCGCUGGAUAAUACUGGUUCUCUGACGCCGACCGGUCGGAUGAUGGUGGAGUUUCCCCUCGACCCAGCGUUGUCCAAGAUGCUGAUUGUGUCCUGCGACAUGGGCUGCAGCGCUGACAUCCUCAUCAUCGUUUCCAUGCUCUCUGUGCCGGCCAUAUUUUACAGACCUAAGGGCCGUGAGGAAGAGAGUGACCAGGUCAGGGAAAAGUUCUCGGUGCCUGAGAGCGACCACCUGACAUACCUUAACGUCUACACGCAGUGGAAAAACAACAAUUAUUCCAGCAUCUGGUGCAACGAUCACUUCAUUCACACCAAGGCUAUGCGCAAGGUGCGUGAGGUGCGCUCCCAAUUAAAAGACAUCAUGGUGCAGCAGAGGAUGAACUUAAUGUCGUGUGGAUCAGACUGGGAUAUAAUUAGGAAGUGCAUAUGCGCCGCUUACUUCCACCAGGCUGCCAAGCUCAAGGGCAUUGGUGAAUACGUAAAUGUGAGGACAGGUAUGCCGUGUCACCUUCACCCCACCAGCUCCCUCUUUGGUAUGGGCUAUACUCCUGACUACAUCAUCUACCACGAGCUUGUAAUGACUACCAAGGAGUACAUGCAGUGUGUAACUGCAGCGGAUGGAGAGUGGCUGGCAGAAUUAGGGCCCAUGUUUUACAGCAUCAAACAUGCUGGGAGAAGCAGACAGGAAAACCGCCGGCGGGCCAAGGAAGAAAUCAACAACAUGGAAGAAGAGAUGGCUUUGGCUGAGCAGCAGCUACGAAGCCGUCGCGAGGAGAACGAGAGGAAGAACACCGGCAACGUGAAGUCGUUGAGAAUCUGCACGCCGGGGAGACGUGAAGAGGCCCCUAUGACACCCCGACGCACCCCUUCCCGAUUUGGACUGUAAUGGCGGAGUCAUAUGGCGAAGCACCAGCACCUGCAGUUCACAUGCAGACCACUAGGGAGAGAACUUGUAUAAGACAAGGACCACCAAAAUAUCCUCACGCCCUUUUUUGUCUUUUUUUUUACCUUCAGUGAAAAAAAGGAUCCAGGAAAGCUACUGUAUGAAAUUUCUGUACAAUAAUUGUCCGUGUGGACAAGAAAAACCCAUGUCCAUUGAAAUGUCUUCAUUUAUGAGAACUGAUUUCGUUUCUAUGUUCGUCAUUCUGUAUUGACCACGUCCUGAAUUGUUGUCAUAAAGAAGUCCUUCACCCACUUCAGCAAUAUUCAUAUCAUUGUACUCAUGGUAAAAGUGUGCUCACACAGUCACGCUCUCGUUUACUAUGUGCUCAAAGUUAACUUUGCUUGUAUUUUUGCAAGGUGAAAUAGCUUUGCUCCAUACCACAUUGAACGCCAGCGAUGUUAAAUUCACACAUUAAUACUUUACCAUAUUUCGUUUUUGUACAUCUUUGAAUGACAUGACGCACGGAAACUCAUCUUGCAUUUUUAAACUUAAAACAGUCUUCAUCUCAGUGUGGGUCCCCCCCCCCCCCCCCCCCGUUUUUUUAUUUUUAUUUUUUGAAUAUUGCAUGGGGCGUUUAUUAAUAUAAUUUAUGUAUAGCAGAAAAAUAAAUGUCAGCUAUUUUUCUAAUCUACGGUGAAUUGAUUAUUGUGAUGCCUAUUUUGUGUCUGCGUUGCAAAUGUCCGACAAUGUCUAAAUGAACCCUUUCAGGGACAGUGGUCACUACAGUAGCCUAUUAAAAAAAUAUCAUUAACUCAUAUACUGCUGCAUAAGGUCACAGCGUAUGUAUUGAGGUAUUAGAGGGAGAUAUUAAAA